CGUUUCUUUGUUGAAGAAACUGGUCCAUUUGUUUCAGUUUUUUUCUAUGUUCUGGGUUUUGUGUUUAAAAGACCAGAAAAAAGACAUUGGUUUGGUUAUUAGGACUCUUGUCUUUCUACAUUUACUUUUGUCUUUUAUAACAUUGAGAUAUUUUAAGGAGAACAGGCCAGUUGUCUUGUCGAAUGUCCCACAGCCUGGAUUUGUCUGAUCUUUUCUCAUGAUUAGAUGCUAGUUAAAUAAUCAUGCAGGUGUAAUUUUACCUUUUGAAGACUUGAAAAUAUAAACAUAGGAAUGGUGUGGGUUUUACAGAGUCUUUUGUAAGUUCGUUUCUAAGUGCUAGCAAAGCACCUGAUCAUGUAAUAGGCAUUGUCACAGUGUCAGAGAACAUUAAAUUAAAAGGAAUUUUAGAUUUCAUCUCCAGAAGUCACAAACUGCAGACAACUAGCAGAGUAGACACAGUCUUAAAACAGACAGAAAAUUGGAUUCUAACACUUUUGGGAAUUGAGUAUGUUUCUUCUCCCAUCACUUAAUUUAAGUCAUCUGCACUUCCCUAAAGUUUUUGAGUAUAUGACUCCAAUGCCUACUUUCCUUAUUUAGCUAGGGAAACUUCAGACUUAGGCCAGGAUGCUGAAAAACAUACUUAGUAAGAGACAGAAUAGUCAGGCCCUAGAACCUCAGUCUCUUGAAGUCUCCGUUGGUUUUGUACCAAUGCUCCAGUGAUUUGUAUUGGUGGGAUUAGUAGAAUGUCUAUAAUCUUGAUACCUUUUAUAAUUACGGAAGAUGAAAGAAUCAGGGAUAUUGCAGAAUGAAGUUUUAUCUUAAACAUUAAAGAUAGGUUCUAAAUUUAUACUGUGUGUGUGUGAGAGAGACAGACCGACUGACCUACUGACCAUUUUAGGAUAAUGGAUUUUAAAAAUUUUACUCUUUUUCACAAUAACUUUCUUCCUUUUUUAGCUACAAGGUUUUGGCCGACCAAGUGUGUACCAUGCUGCUAUUGUAAUCUUCCUUGAAUUCUUUGCUUGGGGCCUAUUGACAACUCCAAUGUUAACUGUUCUACAUGAAACAUUUCCCCAACACAUAUUCCUCAUGAAUGGUCUCAUUCAAGGUGUAAAGGGCCUGCUCUCUUUCCUGAGUGCCCCGCUCGUAGGAGCUAUGUCUGAUGUGUGGGGGAGGAAGCCCUUUCUCCUCGGCACCGUCUUCUUUACCUGCUUCCCAAUUCCACUGAUGAGGAUCAGCCCAUGGUGGCAUUUUGCAAUGAUUUCUGUGUCUGGAGUCUUCUCGGUCACAUUCUCUGUGAUAUUUGCCUAUGUAGCUGAUGUCACUCAGGAGCACGAGCGAAGUACUGCUUAUGGAUGGGUCUCAGCCACCUUUGCAGCCAGUCUGGUCAGCAGCCCGGCCAUUGGAGCAUACCUCUCAGCCAGAUAUGGAGACAGCCUCGUUGUGCAAGUGGCCACAGUGGUGGCUCUUCUGGACAUCUGCUUCAUCUUAUUGGCUGUUCCAGAAUCUUUCUCAGAGAAAAUGAGACCACUCUCCUGGGGAGCUCAGAUUUCUUGGAAACAAGCAGACCCUUUUGCGUCACUGAAGAAAGUUGGAAAAGAUUCUACCGUGUUACUAAUCUGCAUCACCGUGUUUCUUUCCUACCUUCCUGAAGCUGGACAGUAUUCAAGUUUUUUUCUCUAUCUCAGGCAGGUCAUAGGUUUUGGAUCUGUUAAAAUUGCAGCAUUCAUAGCUAUGGUAGGAAUUCUAUCUAUUGUGGCUCAGACAGUUGUUCUUGCCAUCUUGAUGAGAUCAUUAGGGAAUAAGAACACCGUCCUGCUGGGCUUGGGUUUCCAGAUGCUCCAGUUAGCCUGGUACGGUUUUGGAUCUCAGGCCUGGAUGGUGUGGGCAGCCGGGGCCGUGGCUGCCAUGUCCAGCAUCACGUUCCCAGCAGUCAGCGCCCUCGUCUCUCAGAAUGCAGAGUCCGACCAGCAAGGAGUUGCCCAGGGGAUCAUAACUGGAAUAAGAGGGCUGUGUAAUGGCCUGGGGCCAGCACUCUAUGGCUUCAUAUUCUACAUGUUCCAUGUGGAACUGACUGAGCUGGAAUCGGAAUUGAAUUCUAACAAUGCUGCUUUGCAGGGAGCGCGCGUCCCAGGCCCGCCGUUUUUAGUUGGGGCAUGUAUUGUCCUUACGUCUUUUCUGGUUGCCUUAUUCAUCCCUGAGUAUAAUGAAGUUAAAAAGCACAGCAACGGCAGCAGCAGCGUGACCAGCACCCCAGAACGGGCCAACGAUGAGGACAUUGAGCCCCUGCUCCCAGACAGCAGCACCUGGGAGCCCGGGAGUCAGUGCACCGAGCUCUGAGCUCGGCAGAGGGAGGCUGCAGACGCCGUCUCUCUCGAGCCCCUGGGGGCCACACCACAUGGAGAUUUUUUGGUGCUGGAGGGGAGAUGCUAGUGGCAUCCUUUAGGGCCAAGUUUGAUAAGUAACCGUCUGCCUCCCGUUCCGUUUCCAUUCUUUUUCUGUUUGUACAUUGGAGCAAGUUAAGAUUGGAAAUACGUUGUUGCAAAUAGUAUGCAACACUCAAAGUUAUCUGGAGUCUAGACUUUGAAACUCAAAUAGGAAAAGUCAUAUCUCUGUGAGAAAGGAUGGGUUUCCUUGAUCACCAGCAGAGUAAGAGUGACAGCAGUCCCCAUGUCCCUUUCAGUAGAAGGUGCAGGAUUGUGGUGGGGCUGCCGUCUCUGGCCAGAUUUAAAGUAAAGAAUCCCUUCUUUUCCUCUUUCCUGCUUCUCUGAAAAGUGCCCGCUUAGCCCGUAGGUGUUUAUGAGUGGCUGCUCCUAGAGCCGCUCAGUAUCAGGGAUUUAUUGCCUUCGUUCAAAGGUCAAACAAAAGCCUAGUCUUACUCUCCUUUCCUGUCUCUACUUAAUAUUUUUGGCUAGAAUGAAAUUAGCAUAUACACCUCUGGGUAUUAAUAAUAUUGAUCAGUGAUAUCCUUUACCAGUUAAGAAAAUUUUUCUUAUAAGUUUAAAUCAUGAAAAAAUAGCAAUUCAGAUUUCUCACCCUAGUGUCUUGAUCAGACCCAGGGUGAUUUUACAGAAGAUACAUCAGGCAUUCUGGCGGCAACACAGAAUUUGGAGGGUGCUUCUAAGAAAGUUUCAACAAUGCAAACAUUCCUAAGUAAGGGUGAGAGUUAGGAACUGGAUACAGUGGAAUUGACGUCCAAGUUCAGACCCAGGUAGUGCAUUACUGCUUUUCCUCCCCACGUCUCCUGUAUCCUCAGCUUUUCUCAGUCGCCACACUCCUGCCUUAACUGCUCUGUGCAGUAUGCAUGUGUUUUCAGUAGGUCUUUAUUUCCACCUGCUUGUCUGACUUUUGAAUCUCAUGGGAAUAUGCACAUCAGAUCCCUUCUAAAAUAUGGUUUAGGAAGCUUCGUUUCACAAUAAGUGUCGUGCUAGUUUUUCAGGAUGAUGUACAGACAGGAAACUACAGAUCUACAUUCACAGGGCCUAUGUUGAACAGAGCGCUCCUCUGAAAGUUUUAUGGGUACGACAUAUAUGUAGAUAUUUUUAAGGGUUUUAACCUUUUUUUUUGAUGGAGUGCUGUGUAAAUCUUGUAUUUAUAAAUGUAAUGAAGGUGUUGACAAAAAAUAUAUAUACAACUUUUGUAAAGGAUUAUGUACUAACAAUACAUUUAAAAGAAAAUAUAUUUUGAAACCUGUUCUGCUAUGAACAGAAAUGACAUAUCUUUUUACUGUGCUGUUGGUUUUUAAGUUAAGCUUCCUAAUGCAUAAUAAAUUUGCAAUGGAUACUUUUUUA